UUGGGUGGGGUGCGUGAGCGCUUUUUGCUCGUGUUUAGGCGACCCGGUAUCGGGAUUUAUCCUUUAUUGUACUUUAUUCCGUUCGUAACGUAACUCUCUCUUUUAAAUAACAUAUUUACGUGAAGUUUUUAUUUUAACAGUCAGUGAAUUAUAACAAAGAACAUUGAAUUCUUAUUAAAUUAAACUAUGCCAAAAUGAUAAUAAAAAUGAUUUAUAUCGUUCAUAGAGUUCAUGAAAGUUUGAUUUUGUUUUGUGUUUGAGUGUUGUUAAAUAUAAACAUAAAAGCGACACUUUUUAUUAUUUUAACAGUACUUACUUACUUGUCGUAAAAUUGGCAUUAUGAUUAUCAAUGAAUUUGUGAUUCAUAUUUUUUGUCUUAAUUUUAUUUAUUAUGUUACCGGCACCGGCGAAAAGACUAGUACCCAAAGCAGCGCGACUUGCUUCCAUAGAGUAGCCGCUUGUGAGGCGAAUACGGGCAAUGCUAAUAGAGUAGUGUGUGGUACGGACGGCCAAACAUAUCCAUCCAAGUGUCACCUUAUGAAAGCCCAGUGUACUGGUGAAGCGGUGACCAUAGCUCAUAGAGGAUCGUGUGUUGAGGGUCAGUCAUCUUGUCUGACCGUGCUACGAUACGCGUUGAACGCGCAGGGUGGCCGACGGGCAGCAUUCGUGCCGCGGUGUAGAGCCGACGGGACAUACGCGGCGGUGCAGUGCGCGGCCGCCGGCGCUGCAGCCGGCUGCUGGUGCGUCACGCCCGACGGGAAGCCGCUCCCCGACACAGCCGUCAGGAACGGCAGGCCCGACUGCGUCACCAAGACGGGUAAAUCGCAAACCAAGAGAAGAUCAUCGGUGCGAGGUCAACGUAACAAAAGAAGUUGCACGCGAAUCGAUCGUGCCCAGUUCAAUGGGAACCUAAUAAAAAUAUUCAGCGGUGAAUUCGAUCGAGCAAGAUCGGAUCAAGGCGGGGCGGCCGCAGAUGCGCGUUCCGUUGCUGAUUGGAAAUUUAGGGAACUCGACCGGGAUAGGAGCGGCACGCUACAGAAAUCAGAGUACAGAGGGUUGCGUCGGCUCAUCAAGAAGGUAGUAAAGCCAAAAAGAUGCGCGCGAGCAUGGACGCGUGGCUGUGACGCAGAUGGGGACGGCGAAAUUGCGCGAACAGAGUGGGCCGCGUGUCUGCUAUCUAACCCGGAGCCUCCCGCUCCGGACUUCUCUCUCCGUUUCUUCAUGUCGUUGAAUGCAGACGACGAUAGCGGUCCUGAGCCUGAGCCUGACUAUACCGAGGAGGAACCGCCGUUGGACCCCAGUUCAGCAAUGCUGCCGGGCAUUAUGCGAAAUUCGUUCGCGCCCGAUGGGUCAGUGGCACGAGAGGACGAAGCGAACGAUUGUCUCACGGACCGCCAAGCUGUGUUAGAUGAACAGAAGGCGGGUAGCGCAGUGCUAUACGUCCCAGAGUGUAUGGGCGACGGCAGGUACGCUCGAGCUCAAUGCUACCGCUCUACGGGGUACUGCUGGUGCGUACAUCAGGACACCGGGAAGCCUAUUCCUGGCUCCUCGGUCAAGGAUAAGAGACCGGAUUGCGAUGCGGCGCCGCAACACGCCAGCCCCAUGAGAGGUUGCCCUGAGCCCAUGAAGAGCAAUUUCUUAAGGGAUUUACUGAGUUUCUUCGUAUCGAAGAUGACUAAUUCGAUUAACGGAACAGGGCCUGGUGACAUGGUGAAAUGGGGUGCCUCAAAGGAAGAGCAGGCGGCAACAUGGACUUACGUGAUGCUAGAUAAGGAUAAAAAUAAAGCUCUAGAGAGACGGGAGUGGAAAGCGUUUCAUCAAUUGAUAGCAAACGUAGAACCGUUGAGGAGAUGUGGCAGGAAGUUGCCACGGUACUGCGAUGUUAACCACGACUCAAAAAUCAGUAUUACAGAAUGGAUGGCCUGUUUAGAAGUGAACCAAGCGUCGCAGGGCCGCACAACUGAGGCGACAAAGGUGCCUUCUAAUCCUAGGAGAAAAGGACCUAAUCCUCUCGAAUCAAUUCUUAAAGCUGACGAUUGAAAAUUAUACGACAUAAAUGUACCGUUAGUCUGUACUUGCACAUUAAAGAAUUAAUAAAUUAUAUUCUCGUAAGUCCGAAACUCUAAGGUGCACUUCUGUAAGACCUAUACACCAAGGUACAAUAUCUUCUCAUAGUUCCAGCCAAUUUAACGUUGGAAGAAAUGAAAUACCUAAUAUAUUCAGAAAUGUUGUAUGUUUAAGUAUUAGAUAAGGAUUAAGGUGAAUAGACGCAGAGUCAAACCGA